CCCCAGGCGGUAGAGGCGGCGGCAGCAGCAGUGGCGACAUGAGCAGCGGGGCGGCGUCCGGGACGGGGCGGGGGCGGCCCCGGGGCGGGGGGCCGGGGCCUGGGGACCCCCCGCCCAGCGAGACACACAAGCUGGUGGUCGUGGGCGGCGGCGGCGUGGGCAAGAGCGCGCUGACCAUCCAGUUCAUCCAGUCCUACUUUGUGUCUGACUACGACCCCACCAUUGAGGACUCCUACACCAAGAUCUGCACAGUGGAUGGCAUCCCUGCCCGGCUGGACAUCCUGGACACGGCAGGCCAGGAGGAGUUUGGCGCCAUGCGGGAGCAGUACAUGCGUGCCGGCCACGGCUUCUUGCUUGUGUUCGCCAUAAAUGACCGGCAGAGUUUCAACGAGGUGAGCAAGCUCUUCACACAGAUCCUCCGCGUCAAAGACCGCGACGACUUCCCCACUGUGUUGGUCGGGAACAAGGCAGACCUGGAGGCCCAGCGGCAGGUCUCCCGAACCGAAGCGUCCACCUUCGGCGCCUCCCACCACGUGGCCUACUUCGAGGCCUCGGCCAAGCUGCGCCUGAAUGUGGACGAGGCCUUCGAGCAGCUGGUGAGGGCUGUCCGACGAUACCAGGAGCAGGAGCUGCCGCCCAGCCCGCCCAGCGCCCCCCGCAAGAAGGACAGGGGCUGCCCCUGUGUCCUCCUGUAG